CCCGCCUUCAGUCUCCAGUGUUCCACCACCCCGCCGCGAUGUCCCGCUCGGUGGCUUUCGCCUUGGCCGCGCUUGCGAUCGCGCUCAUCUUCCUGCCAGGCCUGGAUGCCGUCCAGCGUGCUCCAACUGUCCAAGUGUACUCACGUCACCCGGCAGAGAAUGGAAAACCUAACUUUUUGAACUGCUACGUGUCUGGGUUUCAUCCACCCCAGAUUGAAAUUGAGCUACUGAAGAAUGGGGUGAAGAUGGACAAGGUGGAGCAGUCAGACCUGUCUUUCAGCAAGGAUUGGUCUUUCUACCUCCUGGUCCACACGGAAUUCACCCCCAAUGAUAAGGAUGAGUAUGCCUGCCUUGUGAAACAUGUUACUCUCAGCAAACCCAUGAUAGUCAAAUGGGACCGAGACUACUAAUCAGCAGCAUGGAGGUUUAAAGAUACCUCAUUUGAAUUUCAACAAUUCAAGAUUCCUUUUUAAUGCUGAUAUGUUUAACAUACCAAAUUAUGAUAGAUUCUCUGGGAAAAAAUGCAGGCUAACAACUAUGUAAAGCAGUAAUAAAAUAUUAAUCAAAACCCUGAUAAAAGCUGUAUGCAUGAAAACUAUUCUGAGGGGUGGGAACUUUGGUGUAGUUAACCCACAGCUUGGGAACCCUGUGUCUCAUAUUCAGCUCCCAACACUCCACACCUCUGAUCCAGCUUCCUGCUAAGGCACCUGAACGGCAGCAGAUGAAGGCCCAAGAACUUGGCUUUCUACAACACAAGUAGGAGACCUGAAUCAUUUUCUUGCAUUCCACCUGGCUGCUCUGGGCAUUUGGGGAAUAAACCAGUAGAUGAGACAGGGGUCACCCUUAUAUUCCCUUUCCUCACUUUGCUGUUUGAAUAAAUAAAUCUUUUAAAAAUGAAA